GCGGGAGUUGCGCAGGCGCGGUGGCGGGGCGGGCGGUGGCGGGGCGGGCAGUGCCAUGAGCCGGCGGUUCCCUGUUCCCGCCGCCGCCGCCGCGCUGCUGAGGGGGCUCCCCGGCCCCGCCGCGCCCCGCCCGGGCCGCGCCAUGAGCCUCUGCGGGGCGCCGGCUGCCUGCGCCGCGGGGCCUGCGGGUGGUGGCGGUGGUGGUGGUGGCGCGGGGCUCUCGGCGGCGCGGCUGAGCCCGCCGUGGCUGCGGCUGCCCGAGGUGCCGGGCGCGGAGCCGCACCGCGCCAACGAGCUACUGCUGCUGCCGCCGCCGCCCGCCCCGCGCGGCCCGGCCCCGCUGCCGCAGCACCACGUCGUGUACUUCCCGGGGGACGUGCAGAACUAUCAUGACAUCAUGUCUUGCCAUCCAGAAAACUUUCAGUGGGAGCACUGGAGUUUUGAAAAUGUUGCUACCAUACUUGCUCGCCGGUUCCCCAAUAGCUUUAUUUGGGUCAUAAAGUGUUCUCGAAUGCACCUGCACAAAUUCAGUUGUUAUGACAACUUUGUGGCCAGUAACAUGUUCGGAGCACCAGAGCACAGCACUGACUUUGGAGCUUUCAAGCAUCUCCAUGCUUUGCUAGUUAAUGCAUUCAGACUCUCUCAGAAUAUUCUGCUGUCCCAGAAAAGUGUGCACGGUGUCAGCAAGGAUGCAAAAAUAGCUGCUUGUAAAUCACAGCCGCAGUCUGUUCCUGCAACGAACGGCUGCUCAUCCACGGAAAGGGAGAGAGAUUGUGAAUGCUCCAAUAAUUCUGCUGUGAACUUCAUGAUACCGUCUGCUGUAGGUGCAGCGUCGUUUACUUUGAUCGGCUUCAGUAAAGGUUGUGUGGUUUUGAACCAACUGCUUUAUGAGCUGAAGGAAGCUAAAAAAGACAAGAACACGGAUGCCUUCUUAAAAAACAUAAAAGCAAUGUACUGGUUGGAUGGUGGUCACUCGGGAGGAAGCAAUACUUGGGUUACUCACCCUGAAAUGCUGAAAGAACUUGCAGAGACAGGAAUUGAAGUUCAUGCUCAUGUUACACCGUACCAAGUGUUUGACACAAUGAGGUCAUGGAUUGGAAGAGAGCAUGAGAAAUUUGUACAGAUACUUGGAGAAUUUGGUGUGGAAAUAAAUGAUCAGCUGCAUUUUGCUGAUGACGUUCCCUCCUUAGAUAACCAUUUCAGGGUUCACGAAGUAUUCUGAGACUGUGUAUCAGAAGAGUAUAUUCAUUGUAGAAGCACUUUUAACACUGUAAAUGUUAUCAUCUAGAUUUUCAACUUUGAGCAGAUGCAUUCUGAAGAGAAUACAGAAUCAGUUCCAUGUUGCUAAUAAAUACUAUAUAUAAAUUUCAGUAGCUUACAAAGGAGUAUUGGGAUGCCAUCACUAUAACAGAUGUAAUUUGAUUCCUGGAAGAAAGUGUUAUGAAGAACUAUCCUAUACAUGUUUUUUUGUGAAAUGUGAAUGUUUAUUCUUAAACUGUUGGCAGACUUUUUAGUCCUGUAUAUAUAAUGUGCAUUUAAAGGGAGUUUCAAGUACUGGAUGUCUGGGUACUUCAGUUUAGUGGCUUCCAGGGCUAAAAGCAUUGGUCUUUGUCAAUAACAGAUGUAUGUUGUUUUUUUUUUUUGUUUUGAGGAAGUGGAUUGUUAGAAGAACCUUAGUUAAAUAUUUUGGUGAAAAGUGUUUUAUUUAGUUAAGUAAAUCUUCCAGUUUUGUAACAUUUCUCCUAAUUGAAACCAAGUUACAAAUAUUCACCUUUGCAAUAAUAGUGCCAAUGCAUUUUUCUUCCUUA